AUAGCACAUGUGUAGCGUAUUAUUUGUUUUGUGAUCGUCCGUGGUGCUGGUUAGUAGAGUUUGAAUGCACGUAAUAUUUUGUGGUUUUUUGGCGUUGUAUUUUUUGGAUACUAUAAUGUGACUAUGAAUGGUGAGUCACUGGUGGGAGUGUACUGUCAGGAUUGUAAAUUAUUAUUAUGCCUUGAUUAUUUCUGUAACAUUGUGUAACUAGCAAUAAUAGAAUUGGCGAUCUUUACCAAAUCACCAAACCAGCGAAGGAGAGACCCUGCAUGCUGGUGCAACUUACAGAGCUCUUGUGAAACUACUCCUAAGAAUGAGGAAAUAUGACAUUGCUAGUAAAGUAUUGAAACAUUGCCAAGAGAAUGGGAUGCAUUUGUGAGUCAGAAGUAUGUGAUCCUCUACCUGCCUACAUUGUACGAGAGCUUAGCUUACAAGCCCCCUCAUAACAAUGACCUCAAGGACUGAUAAUGCAUUUAUCAUACACAUGAAUUGUGUCACAUGACUAUGUGCUACUGUUUCAAUGUUACAGUGUUGUACAGUGUGUGAGGUGUGUGCCAAGUUCACCUCCAUGCCAUUGUCACUGAGGUGACGAGUACUGUCUCAAUACUAGCCCUUUAAAAUAGUGUGUGAGGAGGAGGUCAAGGCGAGGAUGGGAUUGGUGGAGUGUGUCAACCACAACCUAGUGGAGCCCUACCAUCAUCUACGAGAAACACGGUGAGUAUGUUGCACAGAUGAAGUUCACUCUGCUGCUAAUGCCCAAUGGACCACAAAGACUCACCAGUGGCUCCUUUGACCCUGCAUGAGCUAGUGUCUUCACAGCUGAAACUGGAAGACCCUCAACUUUAGCUUUUCCUCGCAAUGAGCGAUUCUUCAGGACAAAAAAAAACUCAGUACUUUAGGUAACUAGCUGUGAGCUGGCUAAGGCUAUGGCUAUCUAUAGUCACUUUCAAUUUGUUUUAUAUUGUCAAAGCUUUUCCUCGCAAUGAGCGAUUCUUCAGGACAAAAAAUUUUGUCCUGAAGAUGUAGGUGAAAAAAACAAAUUGAAAGUGACUAUAGAUAGCCAUAGCCUUAGCCAGCUCACAGCUAGUUACCUAAAGUACUUUGACCCUGCGUGAGCUAGUGUCUUCACAGCUGAAACUGGAAGACCCUCAACUGAAUGUAACGCUGGCUACAGUGUGCUGGUGAGCUGCAGUGAGAAGAUAGUCCAGUCACUCUCUGAGGACUGGGCCCAAAGGCCUUGGCCCUCCACCUCCUGUCAGUUGGGCUCAUCACUGUGUCCAUUCUUGAGAAAACCAACGAGUAUGUGAAUGAGACCAAGAGAGAGAAGGCCACCAGACUGUACACUGCCCUGCUGGGUGUGGUCAAACACCACCCCUACAAGUACCACGAGUUUGUCUCCACUCUCAGACUCAACCCACUACACUCUGACUUGGUCACACAAUUAGAUAGCAAGUACACGUAGUUUGUCUACACGUACGUACAUAUACAUAAUUAUGAUUGUGCGUACCAUCAUUCUUUUUGUACUUGAGAUUGACCUUGAAUUUAUACAUGUACUCACUUAAUUGUUGCAUGUUUGAGCUGAAGCUGUGAAAGUGUAAUUAUUAUUGCAUAUUGAUCAAGCAUGAAUGUCAGUAAGGAGGGGUCCAAACAAAGGGGUGUGGCUACUAUCCAAGAAAAUGGACAUAUGCAAGGCUGCCUGGGCUGGUGACUUGAGUGCUUUAAAAGAUGCCAUCAGGAGGGGAGAGGAUGUCAACAGUGUGGACAAGGCGGACUGGACUCCACUCCAGAGGGCAGCCUAUGAAGGUUACACUGACUGUGUUAGGGAGCUGCUCUCCUCAGGAGCCGUGGUGGACCUGGCUAGCAAUGUUGGGUGGACUCCACUCCAGAGGGCAGCCUAUGAAGGUCACACUGACUGUGUUAAAGAGCUGCUCUCCUCAGGAGCCGUGGUGGACCUGGCUGAUAAGGAUGGGCGGACUCCACUCUGGUGGGCAGCCAGGGGAGGGCACACUGACUGUAUUAGAGAGCUGCUCUCCUCAGGAGCCGUGGUGGACCUGGCUGACAAGGUUGGGGACACUCCACUCAUGCAGGCAGCCCUCUGGGGACACGAAGAUACUGUGAAAGAGCUUCUCUCAUCAGGGGCUUCCCCUCUCUCCACUGAUAAAGAUGGAGAUACUGCUCUGAUGGUGGCCAAGGGAUCAGGUAACACUUCAAUAAUCAAAUUGCUUGAGGAAGCUGCUGCAUCACAUUCACGUCCGCAGUCUGUUCCAGUCCUACCCAAGAACUGGACUGUCGUUACUGACACAGAAACGAAGAAGCCAGUCUACCAGAACAAGGCAGCAGGGGAAACUCUGUCCACACCACCUGGAUAUCCCCUGCACCAAACCUCCGCACACCCUGAUGUCACUUUUUACGACGAACCUGAAGAGAAGGAGUUCACCUCCAGUGGUGGCCAUGCUGACUUUGACAAUGGAGUUCAAGUGACUGUUCCAGCUAAUGCUGUCCCAGCAGGGACCUCUGUGGGCAUUAAAGUCCAACCCAGCCUUGCUUCCAAUGACGUGUUUGUGAUCCCUGAGGGCAUUCAGUCUGCCAGUCCGUCCUACUUGAUCUCUGGUGAAGGUCUAAACAGAGAGGUGACCCUGAGCAUGGAGCAUCAUGUACGAGUGUCCACCCAACAAGAAGCUGAUGACCUCCUCUUUCUCCAAGCUGACUCGUCUCCUAAGAGAUCUGGAUCAAAGAGUAUAUACCAGUACCAAGAGGUACAAAGAGGAAGGUCAGAGUUUACUCCUGGAGGGGACACCGGGAGACUGAGGCUGAGCACACGACUGAAGAACUUCUUUAAAAUUGGGAGGAGAAAAAGAGGCAAUACUGACUGUAACCUCUACACUGUCAGAGUCUACCGGUCUUCUCCACACACAACUGGGGACAGGCUAGCCAUCAUUGUAGCCAGUCUCUGUGGGAGCUUAUACGCUAAGUUUCUAAAGAAACUUGAUAACGUGAUUAUCCCACGAGACUAUCCCAAUGUGUCGAGAGAAGUGGCUGACAGGACGACUCAAGAAUCACUGACGUUUGUUGAUAUGUGUGCCACUCUCAACAUUCACCCAGUGCAGGGAUGGUCUGUGGAACCAGACAAGAAAUUGAUCUCACAUAGGGAAGUGGAUCAGCCUGAGGUGGAGAAGUUCAGACCUGAGGAUCUCCACAACUACCCUCCCAGGAUAAUCUGCAGGCUCUUCCCUGAGGAGAAUGCUCCCAAGAGAACCACCUGUACCAUCUCCUUGUCUGGACUACUGCCACAGGUCGAAUUUCACGUAUUAUUAAAAGCACCCACACCUAAAGUUGCUGUGGACACUACUAAACUACAGGAGGCCACUGAUGAGUUGAGAAGGUCUGCCCUGGCUGUGAAUAACACACAACUUAGCUCUACUGUGAAGAGUGUAGUGUCUCUGAUGGAGAGAAUGACUGCUGCUCUGAGGUCAUCUUCUCUGAGUGAGCUGACAGGCCACACUGACUCCAUACGGACAGAGAUAGCGUCUGUCCUUGUAGUGACCAGGAGGGUUGUCCAGGAGUGCACAGUACAGAGCAUCAGUGAGAACAUGAGAGCCAGUCUCUCUAAGAUGGAGACUUUAUCUCACCAGCUUUGUCAAGUGACAAAGGUCAAACUCAGAUACUGUCUAGACCAGUCAGAGGAGACAGCUGCUCUUGUUGACCUGGUGGAUAAUGGAGCUAAUCUGUUGAGAACUGUAGACUGUCUACUCAGGGACAUCCGUACACUCAGUGGAGUCAGUGGCCUGGCAGAGAGGAUAGACAUUGAACACCCUCUACUCAACAACAAGAUUGACAGAAAAGAGUUCGCAUAUUUGGCCGCUUACUUUGACGACGUGAUAUUGUACUCUCAGGCAUUGGAACUCACUCCUCCUGAGCAAGCUGAUGUGAGGCGGUUUCUAGUUUUGUAUGACACACGAACGGCCAUGAUGGAGUGUUUGUCCCUGUGGCAAAAAAGAAAGCCUGCUACUACAACAUACAUCGCUCUUAUUAAAGUACUCCAAAAGACAAGAAGAGAUGACAUCGCAAGUAAAGUGUAUAAACAUUGCCUAGAGAAUAGUGAACUUACAUAGCACAUGUGUAGCGUAUUAUUUGUUUUGUGAUCGUCCGUGGUGCUAGUUAGUAGAGUUUGAAUGCACGUAAUAUUUUGUGGUUUUUUGGCGUUGUAUUUUUUGGAUACUAUAA